AAUCAGGCUGCAAAAUGAAAAUCAUGACUGCAACCUACCCUGGCUAAAGGCGCUCUGCAAAUGCCCCAAGGCUGCCAUGAGUGACUCGUCCCUGCUGUUUAUGGCUGGAGCAAACACUGUGGAAGAGCAGAGGGCUCGCUGGGAGAGAAAGCGCAGCCGAACAGCCAAGGAGCUGCUGGAAACUGAACACAAAUACCUUGAGCAGCUGGAUUUGGUGGUCACAUUCUUUGUGACAAUCUUAAAGGCCAAAGGGACGCUGAAACCUGCUGUGUUGGAAACCAUAUUUGGACCCCUGGAAUCCAUACAUUCAGCCAGCCAUGUUCUGUCGCUUCACCUGGAGAGAGGGAAUUUGGGGCCAGGAUUGGAAAACUUCUGUCAGAAUUUUGAGCUUUAUGGCCACUACGCUGAGAAUUUGGAGCAGGCAAAUAAAACCUUGAAGGAGCAAUUGAGGAAAAAUAAGUCAUUCCGACGCUUUAAGAAACUCCAGGAGACUCGACCUCAGUUUCAAGGGAGGAAGCUAGAGGAUCUGCUUCCGUUGCCCCUGCAGAGGCUGCACCAGUACAAGCAUUUCCUCAGAGACCUGCUGGAGAACACCAGCCCAGACAGCACUGAAUACCAGAAACUUGCAAAGGCCAUGAAAUCUGUUUCUGGGGUAUCUCAGUGGGUCCAAGACGUCAUUUGUAAGAGAGAGAACUCAUUGCAGCUACUUCGGGUUCAGAAACUGCUCAAAGGACAGAAGACUCAGAUUUUGACUCCAGGGCGCUGGUAUAUCCGGGAAGGUUGGCUUUUGGUUGUGCCUUCGAAGGGAGAAGAACUGAAGCGCAGGAUGUUCUUCCUUUUUUCGGAUAUCUUUAUUGCAAAAAAACCCGGGCCUGUCUACCCGCUUCACCAGUGCACAGUGGAUAAAGUGUUUGGCCACACACGGAGCCAGGGAGGGCUCCUCAGUCUUUCCUUUCCACACAAGACACUGUUGUUGAUGUCCAGCGACCAACAAGAUAUUGAUGACUGGUAUCGGAGUCUCAGAGCUGCAGUCAGGCAGCUGAAAGCCUGAUCCACCCGAGUACAAGACAGACUGGCAGGAUGGCCGCCCCUCCUGGUAGAAGCCUACACAAUCUCAGGAAAUGUUUAAGGACAUAUAGUAGGAGAACUGCAUUUAGAGGGGCUACACGCUGUGCUUGGGAGGUUAUGAAAGCUUUGUCAGCUGUCCUAAUCUUAAUAGAGAUAUUGCAAAAAAUAGGUGUGCACACUAAGGACUUGUAUGUAAAAAAUCUGUGUGAAGGUUUUUCCUCAACCUAGCUUAGAAUCUUCUAGCUUUUAUAUGCUUUUUUUCCCCUCAGGUUAUUAAUUUAAGGACAACCAGAAGAGAGCCUGACUUGCUUUCCCUCAUUAAAUGUUUUUAUCCAACUGUCUUUCUAAGUCAGCUUUUUCACAUUUAUUUUUCUAUGUAUGUAUCUACCUGCUUUUGCUUCUGGGUGCUUUGAUUGAAAGAGAUGUUUUGGGUAACAUGGGCACAAGACUGUGCUUUCAGCUAGUGCUACAGGGUCACGGUC